GCGGGGCCUGGCGGCGGCAGUGACAGCGUCUGGAGCGAUGCGGCGCCGAGGGGAGCGGGGCCUUGGCGACGGCGGGGACCGGGACGGCGUCAGCGGCCGUGCAGAGAGCAGGAACAGCACGGCCCGGCGGGAGCGGGGCCGCCUGGCCUGGUGCCCUCGACUGCGCACGCUCCUCCUGGUCCCGUUCCUCAUGUAUAUGUCUGUGCCCAUCCUUGUCCGCCUCUUCCCCGAUACGGUGCUCACCAAAUUUGUCUUCCUGAACUUCCUGGCCUUCCCCUUCUUCGUGGACCUUCGUCGGCCAGAGCUGCUGCUGAACAACACUAUCAGCCUGUACCUCACCACUGAGCCAGACAUCACAGUUGGAAUCUGGCAUACAGUGCCAGGCAGCAGAGCAUCAGAGGCACAGGGCAAGGACCAGCGCUGGUAUGAGGAGGCACUUGCCGAUGAUCACCCUGUGAUCAUCUACCUGCAUGGUAAUGGGGGGACCAGAGCUGCCAGCCACCGUGUCCAGUUCUUGAAGGUGAUGGGGGCUGCUGACUUCCACAUCCUGGCUCUUGACUACAGAGGCUAUGGGGACUCUAGUGGGUACCCCACAGAAAGUGGCUUCACCACAGAUGUUCUGGCACUCUACGACUGGGCCAAAGCACGGAGUGGGAACAGCAGCAUCCUCUUCUGGGGACACUCCUUGGGAACAGGGAUUGCCACAAAUGUGGCAAGAAAACUGCAGGAGGAGCGAGGGGUUCAGGUUGAUGCUGUGGUCUUGGAGUCACCCUACACCAAUGUCCGUGAUGCAGCUGCUCACAUCCCCAUCACCAAGAUCUACCGCCAGUUGCCAGGGUUUGAGUACCUUAUCCUGGACUCUCUGGCUCUGGGCAACAUGUUCUUCCGCAGUGAUGAGAAUGUGAAGGUGCUGGUCUGCCCACUCCUUAUCCUGCAUGCAGAAGAUGAUGAAGUGGUGCCUCUGCAUCUGGGUCGCAAGCUCUUUGAGACGGCACGCAGCGCCUACAAGGACAAAACCAAAGUGAAGUUAAUUACCUUUCCUGAAAAACUUGGCCUGGGCCAUGACUACAUCUCCUUCAACCCAGAGCUGCCCACCUUGGUGAAAGACUUCUUGAAGAUGAAGUGACACCAGCUGCUGUGUGCAGUGACCACAAGCACUCCUCCCAAUCCUCUCCAGGACCCCCCUCCCCUCUAGUUGCACUGAACUUACUGCUCUACGUAAUAAAAACUACUGAGAAAUAUC